AUGUCUCUAACACAACGACCCCCCGUCACACAACAUGAACUCGCUCAAGCGGCGUCUCAAGUACACUAUGCGUUGUUGAAGAACCCGUCACCCCACUGCCCCAACAUCGCAACAUGGGCACCAUGGUUGGAGUUCGCCAUUGGUGAGGUCCACAGGGUGUUCUACGAAGGACGCUUACGCUUCAAGAGCGUUCCGAGCAGAGCCCUCUACGCUUGCUACGAGAUGGAGAGGGGUUUCCACGACUCCUCGUACGUCCCCUGUCUCUGGGACAUCCGACAAUUCAGCAGCAACGCAGAGGCGGCGGAAGCAUACGGCUUCGACUUUGGUUUGGAGGCAAACGAUCAAGGUGAUGUCCCCGUCCUGGAGUGGAAGGACAUGGAGAAAAAGAGCUGGAUUGAAUGCAGUGAGUUUUUUCCAGUCUCCGUAUUGCUUGGCGUUCAACAGUCGCCAGUUACACCGCGAACUACCGUCGCGUCCUCAUCGAAGGCUGCCGUCCCCUCCUCCUCCAAGGCUGCCGUGGCGUCCUCGUCCAAGGCUGCCGUCACCUCCUCGUCCACGGUGAUUCCUCCAGCCGACCGCCUUUCGAAACCACCAGCCGAAUCGCGAUCGGCGAUCUCCGCUCGAAAGGCAUUGACUGGCGACGAAUCCAUGGACGCGGAAGAUAUUAUAGUUGAUCCUGAACCCCCACAAACAAGCAUGUCCCACGAGCGAUGUAGCAGCGAGCCUACGCCCCAAAAGCGACGAAGGAGAAAGACGAAGAAGCGGAAGCAUCGGGAGGCGCCUGCGAACACCUCAGAGGAAUCUACGAACGGCGCCUCUUCCCCGGAGAUGUCAGAUGUUGACCAGCGGCAGACGCGGUCGAAGGCGUCUGCCACUGGUAAGGGAAGUCUGGGCACCGCUGGCGAGGCGUCCGACGAUCCUGCAAAACGUUCGAACACCUCAGAGCCAUACGUUCCACCUGAAGAUUUCUUUCCUCCAUUCAACCCCCCACCAGGAUUCUAUCCGUGCGCACGGGCACCACGGCCGACCGACAAGGACCCCUAUGACUGGCGAUGCAGGAACUGCCGAGAGGCCGACGUCGACUGCAUCUUCUUCCCCUUCUCGCCUAGUAAGAAGGGUUUCGCUCCAGGCUACGGCGCCUAUAAGGCCGCCGUGCAAUGGGCGAAUCCGCACAUUUACCCUAACCCCAUUCCCGUAUCGACGAAAAACUAUCCAUACAAUUCGCGGGCGCCCCCACCUCCCAUCAGCGCAGAAAACCCUGAUCCACAAGAGGAUGCGGAUGGCGAAGGCCUUGUGGCCGCCAAGCCACCGGCGAAGAAGCGUCGGCAUGCUGCAGGUGUUGCAGCGCGCCCUCAACCGACACCCGAGUCACUGGCUCCGCAUAAUCAGGCACCACCGCCUCCUGAUCCGGUGGAGGAGCUCCGCAGCCUUGCCGGGAUUGCGCCAUCCAACCACGCGGAUUUUGUUUCCCGUGGGGAUUACAACAUCCUCCUCAACCGCCUCGAGGACCAGGCUGCGAGGACGCGAGAGCUCGAGCUCAAAGUCGCUGAGAUGCGUGGCCAGCUGGACGGGAUCCUCUUCUCGCACGGCGGUGGAUUUCAGGCGGCUGGAUCUAUGUUUUCACGCUCGCCGUUCGCACCGUCAGGGGCAGCUCGCCCGUUCAGUGGGAUCCAGCAGACACUCCUCAAUCUCGGCCGCGCCAUCACCUUCGGGCUCUGCGCUGCCACUGCCGCCGUCCAGGUCGAGCACGGCAUCGCGAUCGACAUCCGUAGCGUCUUCAUUCGGAUUCCAAAGCGAGGAGGGCGCCUCGAGAUCUUCGACCGGCUGCAAGGACGGCCCACAAAGGGGGCUGAGAUUGAUUGUCCCGAAGCGCUCGACGUGAAGAUAUUCGAAGACUGCAUCCACGCGGUUGACUCUAUAGAAGAGGCGAUCCACAACAAAUAUUCGAUGGAUUGGACGAUAGCAGAACACAUCAACGUCCUGCCCAAGGGCCAUGGAGUACGGCGCGUGAUUGUCGACGCCGAUCAGGUUCCACUUGUCUGGGCACUCCCCGAUCUGUUGUCAGCAGCCCGUCAUAAUGACCUGUUUGAUGCCACCAAAAAGCUUAAAACAUUUCUUGACAAGCCCACAAUGCAGACGUCUUCCUGGCGUAAAUUCAAGGGGUUCUUCAAUUCGAACGCAGACGGAGGUUGCGGCAUCUUUGGGAUAGUUCCGCAGAUGAAGGACGUGUUCACCGGUGAAGUUCGCGAGUCGCGAGACUUCUAUGAGGCCAAGUCCAAGGCUGGUUGCAAACGAUCACUCGAAUUGGCGCAAUAUUGGAUGCCAUCUUACGUAUUCUCGUCCCCAGCCAGCAUAAGCAACUUCCGCCAUUGGUACGAUCUCCUCGUCACCCUUGGAAAUUACGGACACGGCGCAUAUAUCGGACUUCAAAGUCUCGGGUACUCCGUUCCGUACAGGCCGGGCACUGGGGUGCUGGUCUUGGCCAACGUUGUGGAACAUGGCGUUCCCGAGGUCGAGGGUACGAGAAUCGCUAUCUCUUGGUACAACCGUCGAGACAUGGUUGGUAUUUGGGGUGAUGAGGACGAUGUUGUGGCGCCAUCGGAGACAGUCCAAAACUUAGUUAUGCGGAUUCUUCGCGAAACCGCAGUGCAUUCGUUGUAA